AUGAACAUUAUACUAAUAGGACUCGUUAUGGUAACGGGCUGGAGUAUUGACAAAACAGAUCCAGAAGUGCAGUCGGUUGUUCAAUACAUGUUUUACUCAGUGCACGCAGUGCUCGCUGCGGUAAUGAUCUACAUGUUUUCUCGUAUUUGGGAUACCAAGGACACACGAAUUCUGCAGGUGAAGGAUACGUACACUGGUGAGUGGGAACGCAUGACGGUAUCAGACUACGACUUUGGAAAGUGGCGCGAGAUGUUUUUUCUGAAAAUGAUGCUUCCCGUUUGUAUUGGACUCUUUGUUGCUUUGCGGUGGGAGAUGCCUCUUGUGCUUCUAGUCCAGUGCGUUACAAACCCUAUCGUGGCUUGGAAUGCCCCCGUUACGCAGCUGUACCUGCGAGGAUUCAAGGAAGAAGGGCCGCUCGUAAGGCCAUGGAAGGAUGAGGUGGCGACGGUGGAGUGGAUGAGAGAGAUGUUUGGCCUGGCGCGGGAAGAACAGGACAAGUUCCUCUCGGGGCAGAAUGGCACCAAGGGCAGGAAAGGCCAGUAG